CAUGGCUCCAGCAUCUGCUUUUGGGUUGAGCUUCACUCCAUGCAUACUAUGUGUCAAGCUGGAAGCUUGAAUUGAUUCAGAUGCUUGGCUCACUCGAUCGUGACCACUUUUUAUUUCUCUCGUGUCGGUGCAUUCCAGGUAGGUAGGUGGGCAUCACCAUAGCUGCGAGGACUUUGAUCCAGCGAAACUAGACCCGGGCAACCUACCAUCUACAAUCAAUCACUUAUACUAGUUAAAUAGAUAUAUACGUGCAGAAACAACUAUCAGCGCCCCGGCUCCACUAUUUCAAUAUCUGGCCUCACCACAUAUCACUGCGAUACCUGAAAACUCAAAUCACUUUCUCAAGAUCGUGGCCUCUGCCCAGACGGGUGGCUAAGAUAAAGGUCCAGUGGCUAGGUUUUGGCAAGUGGCUUGUGUUGAAAAUGGCCUGUGCAUCCUGAAAUUCCGGGUUACCCAUGCCAAGCCCAUCCUAACCGCAAACAACAUCUGAAGAUGGGGUCGCCCCAGUGUUCACCAUGACAACGUCAGAUCGGCUCCGGGAAGGGAGACUCUGGGAUGAAAGAAUAUGAAGGAUUUUCCAGAGUGACCUUCAUGGCGGACGCAGGAACGGAGAUCUCCUGGCCUCAGACAGCAAUUGCAGCGUUGAACCUGGUAUAUCUGAACCCUGAUCAACAACAGAUGAAGAGAAAAGCUCGCACGGCCCUUUCCUAACCCCGGCAAACCCGCUGGCCCCCAAACUGACAAGUGCUUGCGUUGCUCACCGACGUCAUUAUCGCUGGCUCUCCCACCAAAGACACCGUCGCAUACCUUAUAAACGCAAGCUUGUUCCGGCUCGGCCUACACGCACCUUUGUUUCGUGAAACUGAACACCUACCUCCACUUCUCACUUUCAGUAUCGAUUACCUGAACCCGCACAAUCAAACCGGCCCGUCAUCCACCCGCUGUUGGGUGCUACACUCUCACACCACCACAACACACCAACACCGCACCUCGAUUCACCAUGCAUCGAACGUACUCCAUGCGCGCCACGAGGGCGCCCACCGCCUCGCAAAUCCAGAACCCACCCCCGCCGCCGUCGACGACCAAGUCUGGUCGUUUCUUCAAAGGAGGACUCGGGCAUGCUCUCAGGGGCAAGACGGCCGGCGCCUUCGGGCCCGACCUCGCCAAGAAGCUGGCACAGCUGGUCAAGAUGGAGAAGAAUGUCAUGAGAAGUUUGGAGUUGGUCGCAAAGGAGCGCAUGGAAGUAGCUCAACAACUCUCCAUUUGGGGCGAGGCCUGCGACGAAGACGUUUCGGAUGUCACGGACAAGCUGGGAGUGCUGCUCUACGAAAUCGGCGAGCUCGAGGAUCAAUAUGUCGACCGAUACGACCAGUACCGCGUCACCAUGAAGAGUAUUAGGAAUAUUGAGGCUUCGGUGCAGCCCAGCAGAGACAGAAAGCAAAAAAUCACCGAUCAAAUCGCCCAGCUCAAGUACAAAGAACCCAACUCCCCGAGAAUAGUCGUCCUCGAGCAGGAACUCGUCCGUGCCGAGGCAGAGUCCCUCGUUGCCGAAGCCCAGCUCUCCAACAUCACCCGCGAGAAGAUCAAGGCCGCCUACACCUACCAAUUCGACGCCCUGCGCGAACACUGCGAAAAGGUGGCCAUCAUCGCCGGCUACGGAAAGCAUCUGCUCGAACUCAUCGACGACACCCCCGUCACACCAGGUGAAACCCGCGCUGCGUACGACGGCUACGAGGCUAGCAAGGCCAUUAUCCAAGACUGCGAGGACGCGCUCACCAACUGGGUCACGCAAAAGGCGGCCGUGUCUGCUAAGCUCUCCACUCGCGCCCGGACUCUCUCGACCAGACGCAGGAACAACAUCAAGGCACGCAGUGAGGGCUUGGACCUGUCGGGUCAGGAUGCGCCGCUUAAUGAUCAGGAUGGAUGGGCUUCUGCGGGACAUCACCAACAUCAUAAAGAUGAGUAUAGUGAGGACGAGGACGAGGACGAGGAUGAGUUGGAGGGGAGGACGAGUCAUUCGGUGCUGGGGAGUGAGGCGGGGUUGAACGGAGGGGAGACAAGGGGACGACGCCAAGAGGCGGUUGUUGCUUAGGAGAAGGACCACAACUAGCGUUGGGGGAGGAGAGAAGUACGGGAUGGGUGAGAAGCUUGGGGUUGAGCGGUGGCUGUGGUGGUGGCGGGUUUAGCCGAGGUAUGAAAGGGAAAUCGACCGUAAUUGGUAAUGAUUUGAGUGAGAUGGAGGACAAACAAUGAUGGGGUUUCCUAAGGAUUUGGUGUGAGAGCAAGUUGUUGUUUCUCUUCUUCUUCUCAGGGGGGGGUGUGUGUGUAUAGUUUAGCGUCGAUUCCCUUUGCGGCACGAAUUCUUGUUUUGAAUGACUGAUGGGUAGUUGGUUAAUAUGAACAUUUUUUUUUCAUUUUUUUUUUCAUCGUUAUUAUGAAUCAUGUGAUUUCGGCAGGUACGCUAAGUAAGGUAAGGUAAAGUAGCUAACUAAUUUCUACCUUGCGUGUUGUUUGUUGUUGUUGUUGUGACUUUUGCUGCUGUUUGCGCUCUGUGGCCUUGAGUUGACUGGCGAACUCUUCGACUUCGAUCUUUGUGAUGUAUUGGCCUGGUACGACGACUAGACCUAGG